GUCUUCAAGCAAACGCAACACUGCACUUCAAUUAAAGCGGUAAAUUUAGUAUAGCUGUGAAUCAGUUUACAAUUAACUAAUAAAUACAAAGAAAACAAGCAACAGCUGCUAACUAGCCCAAAAUGUACCAGCUUCUGACCAUCACCUUGGCCCUCUGCGCCACACUGAGUGCCGGUGCACAGACGCGCAACACGCCCAUGGAGGCGAUUGCCUAUUUGACCGGGCCCUUGCAGUCGGACAACACGCAGGUGAAGGGCAACGUGACCUUCAUCCAGAACGACUGCGGCCAGAGCGUGCAUGUGCGCAUUCAGCUGGAGAACGUGAUGGAGGGCAAGCAUGGCUUCCACAUUCACGAGAAGGGAGAUCUGAGCAACGGAUGCACCAGCCUGGGCGGACACUACAAUCCCGACAAGGUGGACCAUGGCGCACCGCAUCACGAGGUGCGUCACGUCGGCGAUCUGGGCAACAUUGAGGUGAACGCCAGCCGGACCAUCGACAUCACCUACACGGACUCGGUUAUCAGCCUAAACGGACAGCGUACCAUUAUUGGACGCAGUGUGGUUCUGCACGAGCUGGAGGACGAUCUGGGCCUGGGCAACCACACGGACUCCAAGAAGACGGGCAAUGCGGGCGGCCGUAUUGCCUGCGGUGUUAUUGGCAUUAAGUCGGAUGUGGAUGAAUGGCCCUGCCGCGACAACGGUGCCGGAACACUGGCUCAAUCCUUGUCCAUUGUGGCAUUCGUAGUCGGUCUGCUCAUUGCGCGCGGACUGUGAAGGGGCGGCAUGUGACGAAGCAAUACUAUAUAUAAUGAUAACUAAUCCACACUCAUAUCGUAUUCCAUACAGUACUUAAAUGUUUUUCAAAUACUCCCCAUUGCAUUAAGAGCACACAGUCCAAGGACCUACUAAACUGCUUGUAUAUCGCCUGAGAAGUUCAUUGGAAAUAAAAUCGAAAUUGUUAUGCCAUAU